GGAAGCCACAGCCAGCUGGUGGCAUGGAGGGAAGGUUCAGUGUCCAACAGGAGCUCUUCAAAGACCUGUGGGACACAGUGGUGCUGUGGGCAUGGGGUCCCCAAAAGCCUGACAGGUGCUGGUGAGUGUGGAGGGAUCUCCUGACCUUCGGCCGUCAUUCCCAGGAGACUUGAAGGUCCCUAGGGGUGAGGAAGCAAACAGCAGUGUGCCAGGCAAGGAGGUGGAUUCACCUGGGUCACGGGGGCAUUGAUGAGGGGAGUCUUGACUAGCCCUGGCAUGGGGUGUUGAAGUUAAAUGAGGUGGGGGGAUAUUUUUGGGGGUCAGAGGACAUGGGACUUUUCCCUAAGGGAAAUACUUCCCUCCAGGCAUGGAGGUGUGGGGUUGUUGUCCCAGUCAGCUUGCAAGUAGAUGGGGGACACUGGGGUGUGUUUUGGGGGCAGGUGCAGCAGCGCUGAAACUGGGGUGAUGGGCACUGGGCAUGGACUGCCCUCUCCAGGAACACAUUGAGUUAAGUGAGCAUGGCCAUCUGCCAAGGCCAGGCCUUCAAAGGCCAGUGCUUGGAGCAACCUGAACUAGUGGAAGGGGUCCCUGCCCAUGGCAGGGAUUUGGAACAAGAUGAUCUUUAAGGUCCCUUCCAACCCAAACUACUCUGGGGUUCUGCAAUUCUCCCUGCUGGGGCAGAGGUGAGGACCCACCUGGGUCAACUCCUGCAGGUUGGGUACCCACAGUUGGAGCGUGGUACUGUGUACAGUGGGGGUGUCAUGGCCACCACUCCACUUCAGGGUCAACAGUGAGGGAGAUGCUGACCCAGCUUCGUGCUCUGGUCCACCCUGGGCUCACCCUGGAUAUGCUCCCGUGUGAGUGCCAGGGCCAGCUGCUCUGGAGAUCUGAGGUCAGGGGGGCUUUGCUGUUUUCCAGGGUGAGGACUCAGAUGGGAGAGGGGGGGACACGUUCAGUACUGGGGCUGGACCCCCUGGGUCCCACCUCCUGGUGUCCCACGGGGUGUGGGACACCUCCUGGAUCAUCUCCACACUGUGCGGGGACACCAGCUUAGCCACAGUGACACUGCAGCAACAGGUGGAGGGUUCACUGUCCACAUCAGAGGCCCAGGCAUUGUCCCCUAGGCAGGGAAGAGAUGGGGAAAUCUCCAGUCCAGGAAUAGCCUUUCAGGGAGCUGGAUGGGCAUGAGGGUCCUGGAGACUCCCCACAUUCCUGGGGGAUGGAACCAGGGCUCACCUGGAGCUCAUUUCUUACAGGGCAUUGAGGAGGAACCACCAGGCAUUGGAAGGGUUGAGGGUGAUGGGGAGAUGAAGGCAGUGUCAGUUGUUGGCCACCACCACCCACACCAGGGGAACGAGACCUGGGGAAGGAGAGAUACAGGGGGGAUUCUGGGGUGGAAAAAUGACUUGUUAGGUAAAUUUAACUCAUAAGUGUGGGUGGCAAACAUGAACCUGUCUGUAUUUAGUCAGGAAACCAGAGAGGAAAACAGAUCUGGGUGCUGGUGAGGGCUGGGCUCUCUGACACCCAGGCAGUGACGGCGUGGGGCGGAUGUGGGAGGGAGGCCCUUUGCAGGGAGGGGAAGCCAAGCCCUGCUGUCCCGGCCCAUUUACCCUGCCUGUGCUUUCACAUUCCCCAGCAGAGGCUGGAGCUGCUGGCAGCUGGGGGCACCUGGGUGUUUGGGGAGCUCCUCCACUCUGACCCUGGGGAGGAAGGUAAUCGCAGAAGAUUUUUCUUUGCCAAACCCCGGGGCUGAUGCAUCCCCUUCCCUGCUCCGGUGCCAGACUCCUGCCUUCCAGGAUCCUUUUCCCACUGAUGGGAAUGAGGGUUUCUCCUCCCCAUUCUCUCCUGGCCUCGCUUGCUGCAGGUGUGUAUCUCCAGUGGAGAGAGCCAGUAACAGGAGGGGUGUCCUGCUGGCAGUCAGUGGCUGAGCAGUGUGCUGCCCGCUAUGGCUGGUUGGUUUAGGCGGCUCCUGCACAAACCCAAGCCCAGCUCAGUGGAAAGCCUCAAGUCCAGCCACUCUGCUUCAUCCUCGCCUUCCUCUUCCUCUUCAUCCUCUGUCAAGAGCUCCAGCUCUUCGGGCACGAGCCUGGCCACCAGCUCCAUGUCGCCUGUGUCAGCAGUGGACAUCAGCGCCUCGGACAGUCCCCGGUGGGACAAGAGCUACGACGUCUGCAUCUGCCACAGCGAGGGGGACGUGGAGCUGGUGUCGGAGCUGGUGUCCUACCUGGAGGGCCAACCCGAGAGCUUCCGCUGCUUCCUCCAGCUGCGCGAUGCGGUGGCGGGGAGCGCCAUGGUGACAGAGCUGUGUGACGCCGUGCAGAACAGCCACUGCUGGGUCAUGCUCAUAACCCCCGGCUUCCUGCAGGACCCCUGGUGCAGGUACCAGAUGCACCAGGCCUUGGCCGAGGCUCCCAUGGCCAACGGACGCACCAUCCCAGUGCUGAAGGACGUGGAUCGCAAGGACUAUCCCAGGGAGCUGCGCAACAUCUACUACAUCUACAUGACACUGAAGGAGAAGAGCUUCACGCAGAUCAGAGACACUGUCAUGUGCUACCUCCAGGAACUGUGCCGGAGCUCCACAAAAAGCAUGGAGUAGUGCUGGAAGCAAGCAGAUGCAUGCCCAUGGGCACAUGGAGCUGUCGCCGUUGGAUCUGGGUGUUGGCGUGUCCCAUUGGACGUCUAGGUCCAACCUGAGCUGCUCAGACCAGACCUGGGACCAAAGAUAGGGGGUUCUCCACAUCCAUGAGGGACAGCAGACCAGAGCCCACCACGUCCCGGUGGCCAAAAUCUCCUCAGCGUGGACAGAGACAUCCAUCACACAAACACUAAGCUCUGGUACCGGGUGGUUCUCGGGGUCACGGGAGCUCUGUACUGCACUGGCAUUCUCUGUCCUGAGGGCUCCGGGACCCCCACUAAGCUGACAAGGCGCCUGCUGGGCGCCUGUGGGCAGGACAAGAUGAGGCAGAGAGUGACGUUGCACGGAAUCGAUGCAACUACGAAAAUGAAGAAGUCUUUUAA